CAAAAGCAGCUGUUGUUUUUUUGCAUUGGCUUUGGCUCUCAGAAAUUUCGCAAUUUUACCAACCAAAUAAGUAAUGCCCUGUGCCAUGGACUUGCCCAGCACGCCCGAUGAACUGGCCGCCCAGCACGGGGACAGCGCUGCCCUUAAAGAGCUGCUCAAGGACCCCAGUCGCUGGCACUCGAUUCCCCUGCUAAACUACACGCCGCUGCACAAGCUGAAGGAUCAGACUCUGGUGCGGUUCCGCGGCAUGAUCCAGGACAUGAUGGACCCGGAGAUCUACCUGGAGCGCUACGAGCUAAAGUCCCCCGAUGGCAGCAAGCGCCUGCAGGACGGAAAGUACAGGGACUGCCUGAAACUGGCCACCGGCGAGGAGAUCGACUACCAUGCCGAGGGUAACGUGCACGGCGAGAGGCGAACCAUGUUUGUGAUCUCCGUGCCGGGCCUGAAUGACUGGAGCAAGGAUCACGAAAAGCAAUGCUGUCCACAGAUCGAGCUGGUCCCUCUGGUUCAAUCUCCCAGCUCGGCCAAGAAGCGCACUCUGGACGGAGGACAGGAUGCCAUGGAAGUGGAUGGAGCUGGCGAAACAACAGUCAAGCGGCCAUGUUUGAAAGAUAUGCAGACGGAUGAUGAGCCAGCGGCUGCCUCCAAUCCCUCUGUUCUGGGCUCCGAGUACCUGCUCAAUUCGCCACUGCCUGGUCGUCCCAGCAUGGCCUGCAUGGUAAAGGUUUAUGAGGAGUUCGACACCUACCAGCUUAACUCACUGGUCGACUUUGUGGGCUUUCUAUCUGUGGAUUCCUCGCUGGAUUUCGCUACGCUAGACGUAGGCGAUUGUGAAAACUUAAGUGAACUGCAGGCAGCUCAUCCAUCGCCGUUCCUCAUACCCCGCCUUCAUGCCUUUGGCGUCCAGAUGCUGCCGCAUGCGAAUCCGCUCAUGGACUUAAGCCUGCGCCAGCCAACUGAGCCAAGCGAAGAGGCGUAUCCAUCCCAGCUGGCUGUGCACAAGGAUCUGCGCAUGCUUCUUAAGCUCUGCCUGUUUGACGACGAUCUGGCUGCCGAAUAUUUGCUCUCGCACUUAAUUUCCUCAGUCUACAGCCGUUCGGAGAUGCAGAGCAUUGGCAAGUUUGCCCUAAACCUUUGUAAUAUGCCCAAGGAAUGCCAGGCGUACUCAACCUCUCUGUACGAUAUUCUGAAGCUGCUACUCCCGGCCAGCCAUUAUCUGCCCAUGACCCUGGAGACGUUGAACACGGUUUCCUUUGCCCCUAAGAAGGAUUACGAAACCAACAAGCUGGUUUCCGGCGUACUUCAGUUGGCCCCCCACACGCACCUUGUGCUCGACGAGACACGCUUGCAGCAGGGCAAGCUGGAGGCCAAUGGCGUUCAUGCCGUCCAGCAUUUGGCUCAUCUGAUCAACAACCAGGAACUUAAGUGCGAUUUCCAGUAUUACCAAAUAGACUACCAUGCAAACAUUCCGAUCCUCGUCCUCAGCGAAGGACGAAGUAUGCUGCCGAGUGAUUUCAUAAUGCCCAUCAAUGCCGAUGCGAAGGCAGUGGAACUUUUCGAAGAAUCUCUUAAGGCAGCCCACCACUACCUCCAACCGGCGCGCCUUCAUCAGUUCCGCAAGUAUUUAACCACAGCACGGAUUAGCAGCUUUAGCGUCAGCGAGGAGCACACUGAAAUGAUCCAACAGGACUUUGUGGAUAUGCGCAAGGCUAAUUCGAAAAGUAAUGCCGAUGAUCUGCAUGGGCUGCUGGUCCUUUCGCGGCUUCUGGGCAUUGCCCGGGGAAGAGACACAUUAGACAAAGAGACCUGGCAGCUGGCUACCGAGUUCGAGGCUAAGCGUCGCCAGCGCCUUCAAUCCCUACCGAAAGCUGCUCUAACGCGAAACUAAGUAGGUCCCUUUUAUUGAAAUUAGGUUUUUUAUUUGUAUUAUUUUAAGCUGUCAACAAAGAAAUAAAUCAUCAAAAACAUUA